AUGCCCGUAUUCGUGUCCUGGUAUCAUCCGACAGGUUUCUGGCGAAACGGUCUAGAUGAGAGCAACGGCGAUUUUGGCAUGAAUGACCGAGCCAUUUUCAUUUUUCAUCUUAUAUUGUUGUUCCUCGCUUUGGCAUCCACUUUUUCCCAAAUUCUCGAUGCAGGAAUGUCCGACUCACUCACCGCAGUCAACAUUGCUCAUCUGUUAUUCACUCUUUGUCUCAUUUUGGUGCCCGAUGCGCUUCCCGAUUUCUGGAUAUUCAUGUACUGCGUGAGUCCCGUAACGUAUCUCAUGGGCGGGAUGGUGAAAGCGGGAGUAGCGAACGCUCGAAUCAACUGUGCCCCGAUUGAUCUGUUGAAUAUCCCUUUGCCCUCAGCCAAUGGCUCCGCAUCUUCUUGUGUCAAUUACCUAGCCGAUUAUAUUCGCACAGCGGGCGGUCGGGUUCUGAUUUCUAACACCAGUAUAGCAAGUGAGGACUGCGUGUUCUGCGCGGUGACAGACGCCAACAUCACGCUACCGGCCCUAGGGAUGGAUGUUGCGACACGGUGGCGAGGCUUGGGGAUAUUCGCGUGUUUGAUUGUGCGCCAUCAAUAG